CCAAGAAGGUGUGUCCAAUCGCGUUUAGUGGUACAUAUCUACUGACUGAUCGGAGGAUGGUUAGAUGAUUGUUUAUUUUCUAGAUAAAGAUUUCCAGACACAAACAUGAAUUAUGGAAAAAAAUCACCCAGCAUGGGUACACCUUCGUUGUACUCUCACGUUACCAAUCGCAGUAGUGCGAAUCUCAGAUCUUCCAGAUCUGUUAAGAGUGUGAAGAUACCAUGGUACCAAAAGAGAUUACUAACAAAUGCCCUCGUUCUUGAUAUACAGAGGGGUGCAAUGGUUACCGGAAUUUACUCAUUGUUACUGGCACUUUUUACCAUAGUUACUGCGAUUUUUGACAUCUACUGUCUGUCACUAGCAGCUCCAGGAUCAGUACAUUAUGGCUAUUAUUGGAUAUCUUAUGACUUUGUGUAUGUAGGAAACACGCAUGUGAGAAACAUACUUGUUAUGUUUGCAUUGUUCUCGAUGCUUGGAGGAUUUAUAAUAUUUGUUACGAGCAUUCUAUUGAUUGCAGCUUUGAGGAAAGAAUAUGAGAAAAAAAUGGUCCCUUGGCUUUAUAGCUUUGCCAUAUUUAGUAUUUUCCGCUUUUUGGCCAUUUUAUUUUUCAGCAUUGUGAAUGACUUAUACUUUGGCUACAACGUGACCAUGACCUUCCUUUGGAUUCUUUUCUCUGCAGUGUCUGUCUAUGGCUGGAUGAUUGUUUACUCGUUGUAUAUUGAACUGUGCGAUUUGACAAAGCUAGAAGAUCUUGCACAUUUGAGAAUUGGAACUUUGCAAUCUUUGAAUGCCUCAACAACCCACUCGAUCGCAGGCUCACGGCCCACAACUCCGCACAGCACAGUGUCAACAAUGCCAGUCAACUAAAACUAACGAUCUGCACCUGUUUUCAUCAUUUGUUGUACUGGCAAAAGAAAAAAUCAACGUCUAUUGGAUAUCGAAUACAUUGAAUAAUUUCGUACAAGCACAUCAUUGUGUUAGUAACACGAUCUUUACUGUUACAUUUAUUUUGUAUUGGUACAAAGACAGAUACUUUUAAACAAAAUUGCACAGUAUCUAAAUGAAUCGCACAGCAGUCAUCGUCAUUGUAAUCAACAGUUUGCUUGACAGCUGCUUGAAAUUGCUCAACUCUCCAUAUAAAUUUUAAUUUUAAGACUGGUAAAUUUAUUACCAAUAGUGCCUCAAUGAACACUGUUGCAGGAUUUGCGUUGAUGAAACGAAUUCCGUCCAAUGAAAUCUUUAGAUCAAGUAGCUUAUUAUCUUACACUAAGAGAACGAUAUAAUUAAAAUUCUCGUGAAAACUUAAAAAUUA